AAAGGCAGAGGCGGGGGGCGUGGUGGCGCCACGAGUCCGACCGGACAGCUUAUCCCUCUGUUCUUCAUUAUCUUCCUUCCGUUCUUCCAUCAGAAAACAGAGUCGUCCGACUUCAGCAGCAAAACGGGGCAGAGGAGCAGAGGAUGCGAAGCUUUGCGCUCUCGGAGAGCGUCCUGAGCUCACAUUUCCUCCCUAGACCUCCCCGCUCCCUCCCCUCUCAGCACCCCUUCUCCCUCGCUCCCUCCGAUGAGCAGAUUUCACGCCUCUCUUUCCGUCACUCGAGCUCCAUUUCUUCCUGGAGGAGACAGUGGUUUGACAGCACAGUGGAAGACCGGUUCAGUCGCUUUAUUCCUUCGGCUUCCCGGCUCGGUGAUGGCCCCGAGACUCAUCACAUUGAUUGCCUGAGGGAAGAUGAAUGUGGUGUAACGUAUGAGUUACCCGAGAAGACCUUGGAGAGAAAAUGGUUUGCUGCAAUAGAAAAUUUGACUUCUUCCAACCCAUCGUUCUGUGGUUUGCUGAAGUUCUCGACACUCGUCGGGUUCCUUGCUCUUCAAGGUUCUGGGCCAGCCAUUGCCAGUUCGGAUAUUGCGAGUGGCCUGCAGUCGCUUCCUUUUCUUGGGGACCUCGGUGAUAUUAGCACAGGUUUUACCUCAGCUUUCUUGCUCAUAUUUUUCUCUGAGCUAGGUGAUAAGACCUUUUUCAUCGCGGCUCUAUUAGCAGCAAGGAACUCUGCAGCUGUUGUUUUUGCCGGGACUUUUGGUGCACUUGCGGCAAUGACAGUAGUGUCUGUUGUUCUCGGGAGAACAUUUCACUAUGUUGAUGAGCUCCUUCCUUUCAGGUUCGGUGAGACUGAUUUGCCUGUUGAUGAUAUUGCUGCAGUCUGUCUCUUGGUCUAUUUUGGCAUCUCCACACUGCUCGAUGCCACCUCGAAUGAUAGUCCAAAAUCAGAGGAUGAACAAAAGGAGGCUGAGCUAGCCGUUUCCAAAUUUUCCGGAAAUGGUGCGGGAAUCUUAGCUGCUGCCAACACCGUCAUUAGCACUUUCGUAUUAGUUUUUGUCGCCGAAUGGGGCGAUAAAUCAUUCUUCUCCACAAUAGCCCUUGCUGCCGCCUCUUCACCUCUAGGAGUCAUUGGAGGAGCAUUGGCAGGGCACGGCUUAGCAACCCUCGUAAGCUUGCUUCUAACUCGACCAGGAUUUCCGCAAAACCUUUUUCCAACUUGCUGUGCUGGGGGGUUCUUUGCUAGGAACGCUCUUGUCUGAGAAGGCGAUAUCUUACAUCGGAGGAGUCCUUUUCCUGGUCUUUGCAGCCGUCACACUAGUCGAGAUAGUAAGCUAGCGAUGUUGCCAUUGAGCAUUUACUUCCAAGAGUCUCAGGAGUUCAUCGAUUCAUUUUCGUCUCCAUUGCCAUCUGUAACUAGGAUAUGACAACCUAUAUAAAGAGACCUAUAAAGACCCAGUGGGAAAUGUUUAUAGCGUUAUCCUGGUACCGGUGAUUAUUAUGCCA